GUUCGACCACGAACUGCGGGUAGUACAAGACUUCGGUAUCGAACACCAUGGUAGCGCCAGACCCUCCACUCUUUCUCCGCUUAGCGGAACCAUACAAGACACUCUCUUGCAUGGCGGUCGUGCACAGACCAACCAAGUGAGCAAGGAUCCUCGUGGGCCCGUUUAAUGGCAUCAGCAUUUUGCUGCGAGAUGACAUGCGACCGGCGGUAUUACGACUCAGCGAGCACAGAACUAUUGGGUGGGUUCGGGCUCCAAGCACCAGAGAAGAGCACAUCUCACACUCAGACACAAUUCGCGCUCGUCAUCCCGCGGCUCAAGCCACGUUUCUGGAGGCUGAGAUCCUUGGGUCGACUGCAACCCCACUUGCCAGUUAUAUGACAGGCGCAAUAUCCCUGCACUUGGCCCCUCAACACCAUACCCCACCCUGGCCUACAACACCAUACCAGCAACAUCUCACGAUGCGCAUGCCAUGUCUUGGGUCAUUCAAAGUCACCAGAUUUGCACCAUGUACUCCGCGGAUUCUUCGGCCUAUCGGCUGUCUUCUCUGUCUGCACACACACAGCCGCUGCAACCCAUACAAAUUGCAGCAAACGCCCCUACCCAUUUACCAACAUCCCAGAAGCCUUAUCACAGUCGUUACACCAUGCCGUAUGCUUCGGCUUUGUUCGCUGUUCACCGCCAUAAUUAACCGAGCAAGCGAGCCACGCAGCUGGUCCUAUCUCGAAUCGUAUCUGAGGCGACAUCGCUUGAUCCCGCGCAGCCUCAACGCUUACAAUGACAGGGGUGCGCGACUACCGAAACAUUGUGCACAGCGAUGUUUCCGGCCUGUUAUGUCUACACUGGCAGCAGCGCACAACUUGCAUUCGGGGUUCAACCAGUUGCUGUGCUUUCGCAGUUACUUCUCGACAGUGAGAAGAUCGUCGCCGAAAUGGCGCCAUUAGCGGUGAGGCCUCAAAAGCCAUUCGACUAUUUCGUCACAUCUUGGUUCGCAAUACCAAGCCGGCACGUCUCCGUGCCCCGGGUGCCGCUGCAACCGUACUUGUCGGAUGACAUUGUUACAAUAUUUUUCUGUCGUUCGUUACCACCACUGGCGACAAGUAGCUAAAAAUGACAUCAUCGCGCAUGUGUCAUCCGAAGAGGCUCCACUAACGCUACCCAAUUGACCCCACUGGGCACUCAUAGUGCUAGGAUAAGCUUUUGUGGAUUCCCGCGACUCCGAUGAAGAUAUUAUCAGAUCCGGAGUGUGACCUUUCCAGGGCUGCAUAUUGUCACAUGGGCUGAAUGGCUUCCUCCUGGGCUGUUCCCUUCUUAGACCCUGAACCGAGUUCCAUUAACCAGAUACUCUCCACACAUAGCCUAGGCCAAAAUAUACUUGGCAAAGGCCACUUCCAAGCAUCAACAAGGCACGUAUUCACAU